AUGUCCGAAGCCACCUCGCCCGAAGCGAUGCCCUCCCCGGCGCCUAUGACCACCGGCAAGCCCGAAAAAGUGUACGAGACCGUCUCGGACCCCCAGAAGCUGUGGCCCGUGCCCGGUACGCGAUGGGAUUCGCCCAAGGACCUGUUGCUGGUGAUGCAACUCGCGACGCUCGCCGCGGGCUACUCUGCGACCGCGAACCUCGCCUCCCGUGUAACUCCGACCGCGACGGCCCAUGCCUUCAUCCGAUGCAUCGAAGCCAAGACACCCAACUCGGGUGGGUGUCAGUCGACCCUUGCGGUGUUGCAGUACGCCAAUGCCAAGAACCCGCAUGGGACUUGUCGCGUGCAGUUGCCCCCAAAGGCGGGCAAGUCCGCCAAACCGAGUCUCAAGGAUCACCACUCGCACCCCGACUCGGGCCAUCUCAAAGUCGGCGAUGUCAUCCAGGUCAGUUCGGGAUAAGCAAUCCUACCAUGACUGCAUGUGUGGCAACUUGCGAUGGCGACCGUCGACGGACGGGCUCUGCAGCGUGAUCACAGACGCGCACGAGGGGGUGGACGACGCGACCUCAAGCGCUUCUCGGACGUUACGAUGGGCCCUCCGAGACCCGAGACCUAACAUCUAUGCUGCUCAUUUGAUCACCACAGCCGACGGAACCACCCAUGUCACUCGAGGUCGGGCCGACCGUCUACACGCUCGCCGACAUCAACAAGCUCGAAGCGUACGCACGCGCCGACUCGCGCCGCGACCCACACAACGCUGUCAUCACCGUCGUACGCUCCAAGGACAUCCUCUUCAAGUGCCGAGGCAAGAACGACAACGAUGACGCGUGCCUGUGGCAGAUCCGACUCACCCCGACCUCGGCCGGCGCAAAGACCUACACGUGCAAGGAGAUUGAACCCGACCACACCUGCGAACCCGCUCACCCCGCUCCUUCCGCCCAUCUCAAUACCGUUCUCGACUACUUUGUGGGUCCUCACGAGCCGUCAAGAUUGUCACUAUUGCGAAGGCUGACUCUACGCGUCCUCUGGAAACCCACAGCCAAGCCUGCAUCUCAAGCAAGGCCUGAUCGGCAAGUCUAAACUGCAACAAUCGCGCAAAAUUCAAAAGCAGCAGCAGGCAAAGGUGAGUACACCUUCCGCAAGCAAGGAUGAAACUGUACAGAUCUGACAUGGCGGCCUGCGAACACCCUACUCACUAGGCACCCCGCAAGCGUGCACCGAUCGAACCUUCGGACGACGAGGACGAGGACGAGGAGGGUGUACUGUCAGAUUCCGGGCUGCAACAACUGUGUGACAAGCUCGUAAGCUGGGGAUAUUGAUAGGUAUGAUCUUAGCUCAUCCCAACAAGUGCUGACGCGAUGAUGUGGCUACAGAUCGUGUUCUGCCCUCCAGUGCCGAUUAAGUCGCUCGGAGCUCAACCCGCGAAACGUUUACGCUCUUCGGCAUCCCCUGCUUCGCUUUCGGAUCUUUCAGAUGGGGAUGCUCAUUCUACUGGAGGAGCGGCAUCGGCAUAG